UAUUUAACACUAAUACUAACUCUUAACCCGGUUCAGAGUUUGCGGCAUCGGAUUCUGCAACAGGCAAUCGGCGGCGAGUUCGGAAACUCUAAAAUGGCUUUAAGUUCCCUGCGGCCGUUCUUCAUUUCGCGGCUUGCUUCACCUGAUUUGAGGAACUCUGACCUUGCGAGUCGCGGGGUUAGAUUCUCCAAGAAAGAUGGACAGCCAAUGAUCCAAUUAAAACAACCAAAAUUUCUUUCGGGCCUAUCGCGAAGAGAUGCAAUUUCACUACUGUCUUCCACUCUUCUCACAAACUUCUUAGUAGCUGAGACUGCUGAAGCUCGCUCUAGUAGAUCAGAGAACAAGAGGAGAGCAUUAAAGAAGCUGGAGGAACAGCGAGAGAAAGCAGAAAAUACAAAGGAGAAGACAGAACCGGGUUCCAAUAAAAAGAGAAAAUCCGCCCUCCUCCCUCCAAAUAGCUUCCCCGUGCCUACGGUUGAGGCCAAACUCAAAGCAGUUGCAUCCAAUCCUUCAUUUAAUGGUGAGGCAUUUCAGAUUUAGUUUAGCCUUCUUUUAAUUCCGCUAGAAACUUUAGCAGGUCACUAUAGUUUUUAAUUUGCAAUUCUUUCUUGUCGUUGAGUAUGGACCAAACGAGAGUUGGUUAAUGUUCUUGUUUGAAAUCUGAAAAAAAAGCAACUGUUUUUUU